CCAAGGCCAGGUUGGACAGGGCUUGGAGCAACCUGGGAUAGUGGAAAGUGUCCCUGCCUAUGGCAAGGGAGUUGGAACCACCACACCAAGGGACCCUGUUCUUUCUCCAGUUGGUGAAUGAGUCUAAUAAAGAGGGACAGGAAUGCCCAGGGUGUCACGUGGUGACACAGUGAGCUGAAGCACAGCAAAAAGCUGAGACUAAAACAGCUGCCUCUGAAUGAGUGACCUCAGAGCACAGCUUUGCUGAUAAUAAACCAGCACUGUUUUGAAGUCUGCUUGCAGAUAUAUACUGCCAUAUAAACAACUGUAAAGUAAUUUGAACCCAUUCUGGGUUUUACAUUAUUAAGCUGGAUUACCACUAUUUCAUCAGUGCUCCUCACGGAUGAUGGUUGCUAAACCGUAACCUUUGAAAGCAUACACCAGGUGCUACCUUCUGUUCUAAAACACAUUUAUAAUAGCAGGCAAAACACCCUUUGUCCCUGGAUAUAAUAAAAAAACCUGCAUUUGCUCCUCUCUGGAGUUGUUGAAGGUGCAUCAUUUUAAAAUGAAUCUCUACCUCCGAGUCUGUUUUCCAGUUUCUUCUUCUCUCCACAAUAAACACAUAAUCAUUCUAUAUUCAAAGCUUUUGGACAUUUCCAUGACAACAAACAAUGAUAUAAACAAGAAUUAGAACUUUUAUUGGAUGGGGAGAUAAUGGAAAGAACGGAACAUAGGAGAGAGACCUCGAAACUCCAUAAAUAGAAACUCCCUUCUACCUCAUCUCCAGUACUCAAUACAGCUUUGAAGCUACUGAAGAGAAACACCAAUAUUUUAAGGUUCCAUGAAAGGUAAAUGUCCAGUAUAAUAUGGUUUUUUAAAUUAUUUUUUUGAUAUCUGGCUUGUUCAUGCAUCCAGCUAGUGGAUAAAACUGAAUAAAAAAGUACUUAACUUCUGCUUCUGUCUCUCCAUUUCUCUCAUUCCAAUAAGACCAGUGACUUCACUCUUAUCUUGCUGGCAAUGUAAAACUAAUGUUCCUGCAGCUGAGGGCUAGCAGACAAUUUUUGGGAGCCUAAAACCAUCUUCUCUCACAGCUCUUACCUCUUCUAUCAUCACUAUCUGCACCACUGUCCUUUAGCAUAUGCAACGCAGAGGCAAUAAUCCAUUAUCAUGCAAAGUUCGUGGGAUGACUUCUUUAUAUUUCAUCAAAUUUGGCCUGCAAUUGCCAAAGAAAUCAGAAAGAAUCAGAAAACUAAAGCUGCUUUUCUUCUCUUUCAGAUGACAUUUUUUUCUGGUCCUGUCCCCAUGCAGGAAAAGCAACCAGAGAAGCCCUUGACUCAUGAUACCCUUAAAAGAAGGAAAUCGAUGUUGCUGGAUUCAAAACACAACUGCCAGGUAAAUCAUAUGGAAACGGGUGACUACUGCAGCUUCACUGAACUAGAGCCUCGCCGGGCUCCUGCCAAGACCCAAGGGCAGAGCAAAGAUACAGAGCGAGGAGGCAGCGAUCGCACCCAUCGCCGCGGUCCCGGUGGGAUGUGCGGUGAGGGGAUGCGCGGCUGAGGAAAUGCGCGGCUGAGCGGCGCGGGGGGAUGUGCGCGGGGACAGAGCCCUGAGAACGGCGGACAAGGGACGAUCCCGCCUCUCCGAGAGCACCGACAGGCGGGACCAGGCGGGACCCGCACCUGUCCGGGCGGGGCAGGCGCCGGGGGCGGACCGGGAGCGCCGGACCCGCCGGGGUGGGUGAGUCCUCCCGCGCCGGGGGCUCGGGAAGAAAGUUUAAAUGCCGGUGCCGGCGCGGGUGGAGCGGCCGCCCGGGGGUCGCGGGGCCGCCCCACGUCUCGUGUGACGCGCGGCGAGCGCCCGCCCGCCCCGGGCCGGGGGGAGCGACAGUGCCCGGGAGAGGCGGAGCGGGGCCGCCCGUCGCUCCCCACCUCCGGCCCCGCACCUGCUCGGGCGCGCAGCGGCGCGGGGACCGCGCGGGGCCGGGCCGCGCCGCGCCCGGCGGGGAUGCGCAUCCCUCGGCGGCAGGAUGCCGGAGGGGAGCGCGGGCGGCCGCGGCGCGGAGAACCGGACGGGCGCCGAGGCCCCGCAGCACCUGUUCCCCGUGCCCGUGCUCACCGGCAUCACCGUCGCCUGCGUCCUGCUCUUCGUCAUCGGGAUCGUCGGCAACCUCAUGACCAUGCUGGUGGUGUCGCGGUUCCGGGACAUGAGGACCACCACCAACUUCUACCUGUCCAGCAUGGCCUUCUCCGACCUGCUCAUCUUCCUCUGCAUGCCCCUGGACCUCUUCCGCCUCUGGCAGUACCGGCCCUGGAACUUCGGGGACCUCCUCUGCAAGCUCUUCCAGUUCAUCAGCGAGAGCUGCACCUACUCCACCAUCCUCAACAUCACGGCGCUCAGCGUGGAGCGGUACGUCGCCAUCUGCUUCCCCCUCCGAGCUAAAGUCAUCAUCACCAAGGGGAAGGUCAAGCUGGUCAUCCUCUUCCUCUGGGCUGUCUCCUUCAUUAGCGCCGGACCCAUCUUCAUCCUGGUGGGGGUCGAGCACGAGAACGGCACAAAUCCCCUGAGCACCAACGAGUGUCGAGCCACCGAGUAUGCCAUCCGCUCGGGGCUCCUCACCAUCAUGGUCUGGAUCUCCAGCAUCUUCUUUUUCCUGCCCGUGUUCUGCCUGACCGUGCUGUACAGCCUCAUCGGGAGGAAGCUCUGGAGGAGGAAGAGAAAGAACAUCGGUCUAAACACCGUCAUCAGGGACAAGAACAACAAGCAAACUGUGAAAAUGUUAGUUGUGGUGGUAUUUGCUUUCAUACUCUGCUGGUUGCCUUUUCACGUAGGACGAUAUUUAUUUUCCAAAUCCUUUGAAGCCGGAUCCUGGGAGAUAGCAGUGAUCAGCCAGUACUGCAACCUGGUGUCCUUUGUCCUCUUCUACCUUAGUGCAGCCAUCAACCCCAUCCUCUACAACAUCAUGUCCAAGAAGUACCGCGUGGCCGCCUGCCGCCUGUUCGGACUCAAACCCCUCCCAAGGAAAAGACUCUCCAGCACAAAGCAGGAAAGUUCCCGUGUGUGGACAGAGUCAAGUGUCAUCACAUGACACAUGGUUUCCAGGGCUGGUGCAUCACUCACUGCAUUUCCCAGAAAGCCAUAACAGAAGGGAAAGAGGGCAAGAAACGGGAAUCGGAAUGUUAAAGCCGUACUUUUGUCAUCGUCCGGAUCUGCUGAAAGAUGUAAUGCAGGCAGUUAAAGACGCAAGAAAACAACAAGCUAAACUUUGAGACUAUAAAAGGAGACAAAUGGUCAAAGAAUUUGGAAACACUCAAGUAUAAUUUGUCUGCUGCUUUUGCCCAUAUGAAUUUUUAAUGCUGACUUUAGCCCAAAUCUAGGCUUGUGCCCUCCUGACCAAGCAAAUGUGGCCCACUUGUACAACUUCAGUAGCAGCUAAUUCGAGCUGAAUGUUUCCAGAGUUAGCUUUAGUUUUGCUAAGAAUUUUGCUACCAUAUAACCAGACCCUAGAGAGAGAAAACUGAAUUGCCUUUUUGGAGUAGUAAACGUGAAAUUUGAUACACUUUUCAUAAUCCUGAUUUUUAAAUAAGCUCACGUUUUUCUCAGAAGGAGGAAAUGAUUUCUUAAAAAAAAAAAAAAAAAAAAAAAGAGAGGUAAAAUGGGUAAUUUUUACACAUGCUAAAAAUAAAUGACCUUCAUGUCACGUCCAAGUAGAAAGGAAACAAAAAAUGCCUUCACAGAAGUGGCUUACAACAUGACUGUACUGAAAUAUUUUUUUUAAAUAUAUAUCAGUGGGACAAGGACAGGGCUGACUUCAGGACUGCAGUGAUGCUAUAAAAAUGUGGAAUGCAAUCUCCCACCAAAGUCUCUCUUUUUUUUUAUACUAGCUAAAUCAUCUAUACUUGUUUUGUUCAGUGUGACUGUGAGUGACACAAUGUGGUUGAACUUGGAAGCUUUUAGUUGUAUUUAUUUGGUAUUUGUAACAAGUUUGUGGCUACCUGUCCCUAACUGUGCCCGUCCAUACCCCAAGGUUUGCUGAGGACAGGUCUCCUGCUUGUAAACCCCCUCCACAUUUCUGUUUGAAGUCUAUUAGCCAGUUCUCAGUCCCACAUCCCCCUGUAAAGCCCAGUGUGCAAUUGUACUCGUUUGCUGCAGUAUUGAAUUGAGAACAUUUUACAUUUUUUAACCAAUGUGACCUGAGAAAAAAAUAGAAAAAUCUGCAUUAAAAGACACAGGCAGACACAUUCUCAUACUUGAUUCAUAAAAAUCUUAAAUUAGAUUUAAGUAUGCCAUUUCAAGGCACACCAGAAAAUGUUCCAUCCGCUGUGCUAAUAAAUAUGUCUUAUAUUGUCUCACCAACACGUGGAUUUUGUGCUCCAGCUCAUAGAGCUUCAGAGCAUGCAUGUGAUAGCAGCUUUCUGUUCACUUGGUUCUAGUAUUCAUUCUCCAUAAUGAAUUUAAGUUCUCCUUAAUGAAUUUGCUGUUAGCAGAAGCUUUCCUGCCUUCAAACCCUCAUUCACACUGGGCCACUUUACACCUGUUACACCUCUAGCUGGCGGUGCUGCUCAGGUAAAACUCACAAGAGAAUUUGGCCUCUUCUCUACACACCACAUCCUUCCUAGCACCUGGCGCUUUGCUGGGGUCAGGGGCUGGUUGCUGCUCCUUGGUGGUUCCUGAGCCUGUGCCCUCCCCACUCCACGCUCGCAGGAGUGCAGGUUUGAUGUACACACACUACACAUUAAGGUACUGCAGAGCUAUGGGAUCAUCUCCCACUUCACCUCUAACCACAUCCAUCUCACGGCCCAUUUUGUUCUCUCACUCAUUGACUGACAAGCAGAUCUGAUGGCAGAUGUCAUGCAACUCAGGGAAACAAGACACUGGGGAAUCUCAAAAGGAUUGUGAAGAUGUGAGCUCACUAAUGACCCGUCUGUGUAAACGAACCCAUCACACGCACCCGGCAUCACGUCAGUGUUUCGAGUCUCAGCUGUGUCUGUGGUAUUAAAUGUGAACAGAAAAAGAAAUAAAGUGAUAAGACCCUUUAUAA